CCGCACUACGUAACGCGCGGCGCAUCGUCACGCACAAAUGGAGCCACUAUCUUCACUGACCUGGAUUAUUGUGCCUCUGACUCCUGAGCUGCUGUGACGAGGAGCGACGCCACCGCAGAUGGAGUCAGGGCUGGGAGGAGGAUGCCCGACCGCGCAGCUCCCCGACCCGUGGAGAUGGAGGAGGAGCAGCGGGCUCCAGUGAUGCCCUUUGCCCACACGCAACCAGCCGCCAGCUGCUCUUCAAAGCCGUGAUCAUUGCCGCUGGUCAUGGACCCGCAAGGAGCCGGGUAGUGGGUUGCUGGAGCCCUGCGGGAGAGUUCAACCAUUCACCCAAGGUUGCCGCUCUGAAGCAAGACCAAUGGAUCUGAAGAGAGUGCUGUCCUUCCCUCCGUACCCAGGAGACUACCUGCACCCGGUGGUCUACGCCUGCACGGCGGUCAUGCUGCUGUGCCUGCUGGUCUCUAUUAUGACGUACAUUGUUCAUCACAGGGUUGUCCGCAUCAGCAGGAAUGGCUGGCACACGCUCAUCAACUUCCUCUUCCACACAGGAAUGACAUUUGGAGUGUUCGCCGGUGGCGUCAAUCAGAUCAACUUACCUUUUGUGUGUCAGCUUGUCGGCGUGGGCAUACACUAUGCUUCGCUGUCUACAAUGCUGUGGCUGACAUUCAUGGCCCGAAACCUCUGUAAAGACGUUUGCAAGGACCCAAUGCAGUCGCAGGACAACAGCGCUCCGGCCCAGACCCGCAGGAAGCCCACCAUCUUCAGAUUUUAUCUGGUAAGCAACGGAGUACCUCUCAUUAUUGUCGGAGUAACUGCAGCCUUUGGUUUGGACAACUACGGCAGCAGAGACGGUGCUUUAUAUUGCUGGAUGGCAUGGGAACCAAGCCUGGGAGGCUUCUACGCUCCUGUCAGUCUGUUGAUCUUAAUCAUGUGUGUGUACUUUUUGUGCACAUACAUCCAGCUAAAGCGCCACCCAGAGAGGAAGUACGAGUUGCGGAUCCUAACAGAGGAACAACAGCAGCUAUCGUCCAGCGAGCCAAACCAGCCAUACCACAUUGAUCCUGGGGGCACCUCAGCCACUGAAUGCCCACAGUUUGGUGUGUCUGUGCUCGGCAACGAGCAUUCUUUUAAAUCGCAGCUCAGGGCCACAGCCUUCACCCUGUUUCUGUUCCUGGCCACCUGGGCGUUGGGCGCGCUGGCUGUCUCCCUGGGGCAUUUUCUAGACAUGAUCUUCAGCUGUCUUUACGGCGCGUUCUGCGUCACCCUGGGACUCUUCCUUCUCAUCCAGCACUGCGCCAAGCGCGAUGACGUGUGGCACCGUUGGUGGGCCUGCUGCCCAUCCAAAUCUAAAAAGGAGGAUGCAAAUGAGAAUGGACACAGCCAGAGGCAGGAGCUCCACCAGCCUCACUGCCACCUGAACUCACCCUGCUCUGGCAAGCCUUUGCUGCUCUCCCCCCAGAUUGGACAGAAAAUUGCAACCUCUUCUCAGAACCUUACACCCAAUCAUGCAGGUCCUUGCUGUGUGGCUGUGAUGAGUCCCGUGGCCUCAUCCCCGAUAUCACCUCUGGCUGAGUCACUGCCUUCGCCUCAUAUCCAGUCACUUCCCGAUGAGCUCCCGCGUCCCGCUUUGCCACUGCAGAGCUGCCUUAUCGACAGAACUAAGUCCCGUUCCUUCAACAGACCCCGGCCCUGUCUACAGGACUAUCGCUCUCACUUGACCUCCGCCAGCAUGGACAGCUCUCGCCUUGACAGCCCUUCUGCUGCACAUUAUUAUGAAGGCAUUCCAGUGAUCUCCAACAUCCCUCACCCAGACCUGCAGAUCCCAUGCCCCAGCCCUCACCUGGAAAAGCAGCUCUCUUCCUGUCACAGCCUCCAACGUCAGACCUCCUGUCACAGUGUGCAAGACUCGUUGGCAUCCUGUCACAGCCUCCUCAUGCCUUCUUCCCACGGGGUUCACACCUGCCAGUGGCCCAUGUACAGCUCAGUCGACCACUCUUCCACUCUGAGCUGUUCGGAGAAACCUGAUCCUUACAACCUACAAUACCAGUCGGAUGUGGACACGUACACUCCCAGGACAAAGACAUUCAGAAGAGAAAAGGACACUCUGACUGUGGAACCUGACCAAAAAUGCUUCCCCAGAAAUACACUGCCUCGCCAGCACGCUACCAUCAACAGGCGAGCGACCAUCGGGCGCAACAGAAGCCUUCAGGAUGAGGGACUGUUUGGCUCAGACACGACAGUAAACAUCAGGACUGGACCGUGGAAGAAUGAAACAAGUGUAUAGUUCCUGCCCUGCAAACAAGUGGUGCCCCAAGUGUUUUGCUCUUCUUGCCCUCAGCUUUGCCCCUUAACCAAAAAUGAAGCUUCCACUGUAGGAAUCUUUCAGAACCCUUAUAGUGAGCUUUUUUUUUAUUGAUCAUAACCGCAUCUGAAGUCAUAUGGGGUUCUCCUUGUCGCUUGAAGAUGCAAUCAGUGGUGACAAGCUGUCGGUGGCGGUGAGCAGGUGACUUUGAUUCUGCUGACAGCAAUAACCGAUCAAACGUGCUGGUCAGCGGUGACACAUGCAGGACUAGUUGCCUGGGCACAUACCGGAGCCUCAAGAGGCUAGUUGAAAGACUCAUAUACAAGUAACAUCCGACUUACGACCUGCCCGACCUGCGUCCACCCGUACUUACGACCAUGGCCAGCAGAUGCUUUUUUUUUUUUUUUAUUCAAUGUCUGGCACCACAGCACUUCCACUGACGUCCAAUCUGACUUACAACCGGUUGGUCGGAACCGAUCCUGGUCGUAAGUUGGAUUUUGCUUGUAUAUAAAUAUUGACCCAGGGUUCAUGGUAGCAUGGUGGAGAUCUGAGAAAAUCCUUUCUUGCUACGUUUUUUGCUGGUCUCUCUGCAGAACAGUGACAUACUACUGGUUGCACGUUCAAACACUUGGACAGCAUCGUAUGUUUGUGGCAUUGUUACCCACAUCGACCUCUUAAAUAUGAGUAACACGUGAUGGCACAACAUGUGUGCGUGUGCACGUGCGCUUGGAGAUCGGUGGGCUGAGCAUGAGUCUGUACAUACUAGUGUGGUGUGUUUGUGCUCCAUGUGUUCAGUCUGACACGUUCAUGCAAGCAAGUGCUUUGAGUUUCCAGAUUCAACGUACGCUGCUGGAUGGAGUCCAAGACUCUGCCGUGACAAAUAUUGCACUAGUUUGUUUCUUCCUGCCCGUCGCCUGGUGAGACUGCUGGUGUUGAAGCAAAUGCAGGCAAGUCACUAACGCAAAGCUGCUUUCCAUGAAGGAUGAGUACUGGAAGUAUUUGCCCUGACGUUUAUUUUGGCGUAAGCAAGGUAGCAAACGCUGGGUUGGGAAUCUUCUUUCUUAAUGUCUUGUCUAUGCCAUGAAAUGAACCAAAUAUAAUUCCACAUCAGCUUAUAAAGGAAACACGCUGGCCUUUGUUAUACAUACCAGGGAUACUGAUGCCAACCCCAUCCUUUCGUAUCUCUAUCCUCACCAAAUGAUAAUGACUACAUUUAUCGUAAUUACCUGAAAAUAUCAUUAUGACCAUGCAACUUGCUCAAAUGGCAGACAAAGCUGAAGUUAUUUUGAUUAGUGCAGCCAUUACUCAGGCUCCAAAUCAAGUUGAGUAAGGAUCCGGAGUAACCGAUCAGUACAUCGAAACCGAGCCAGAUAUCUUUGUGGCUUUGUGGUCUGAACCCACCAUCAGAGCACGGAUUUGUGUGUGCUACCAGUCCACUAUUUGUGCUGCGGCAAGUCCUUUACAGACCUGUCACAGUGAGUCUCUGUUGCCCCGGUGGUAUUAUUACUUUUGCAGGCGUAGUUUUUGCUGGAAAAUGAGAUGCUGAUGAUAAUGGCGUAUGAUGUGUUGACAGCCUACAUCUGAGCAUAUUUCUAAAUUGAUUUACUGUUUGAUCAAGGAAGUGGUGUGAGCUGGGAGGAAUGUGUCAAACCCAUCGAUAAAAGCGUUCUUGGCUUCUGAAUAAUACAAUUUAUUUCUCAAUCUUAAAAAAGAAAAGCAGCGCAUCGUGCAAAAAUGUCACCGAUGUGACAACACAUUAUUCAUGAAAUAGAUUUCAGAGAUAGCCACUACCUUUCUUUUAGUGUUUCUUUUUCAAGUUGAAUCGCAUGUAAAUGCUUUUCUUACUCACAGCAACAUUUGAAAACAGGCUGAUGCAGCGUUACAGGAACACCUUUGUCUUUCAAGCCUUAGCUUUAGGAGUACUAUUUGGCAUUGAAAAAUAACCAUUAAAAGUAUGGUAUUUAAAAUGUUGACUUUUACAGCAUCAAUUUUAGUUUUUUCCCUUCUUCAAUGACACUGUUUUCAAAGCCAAAUAACACUGACCCUGUUCUGGCUCCUUACAAACCCUUAUUAAGUACUGUGACAAGUAGACAGUUUUCCAAAUAAAUCUGUUGCUCUCAAGAAAAUAUGUGCUAGUCACAAUAAUGUCAAUAUAAUUUUGCACAUUUCCUGUUUGUCAUCAGGUGCAUGUACAUACGUGUUGAGAUUCUAGACGUCACAAUGGCCUGACAUUAUUACAAUCCUCUGCCCAAUGUGAUCAAGAAGCCUUGGGGACUAAUCCAUGUCAGAAAAAAGGACCUAAGCCCAUACAAACCCCUCUGCCCCUCAAAACAAACCACCAAUAUGAAUCUGUUGGAGCUAACCAUCCUGGUAUCUGGGGACUUCAGGAGCUCCAGCAGCCUCAGCGUGUGCAUGAUCUGAGACGCUGUCAGGUCUGUCCAACACCAGUCAUCAGCUUCCUUGGUAAACCCAAGCAAAAGAAUAAAUAGCUCCAAGAACACGUGACAUGGAAAUUUAAGCCAUCAAUAGAGUGAUUUAGAGAAGUCUGUCAUCUUGGUGGUUUAAUUUUGGUUCUUGACGUUGUAAAAGGGAGCAAGAAUGUGGCCUUCUGGGUCAGGUUAGCCUGAGCACAUUUCAAUGAGAGGGUGACAAGUGUGGGCCGAUAUCCAGUUGGCUCAUCUCAAGAUGCAGGGAAACACGGAGAGCCAUUUGGUGUUGUACAUAAAUUACAUUUGAAUUAUUCCCUCAUUCAAAAGCACUAAACGUCCUUUCCUUUUAAAUACGCUCACGUUUUCGUCCCCCAUCCUCUUCUCCAAUUUAAACACAGUUUAACACGUUCAUGACAUUUUACUGAAAACUAACCGUGAGCAGCCAUGUGGGACCCGAUUGGCCUUCUUUCAUGCAGUCUACUGUGUUUCCACCUUACAGUGAGUCAUCCCUUUGUAAGCAAACAUUUUUUAUGACCGACCUGUGAUGUGCACUUCUUGAGUGGUUUGUUUUCGGAGACAGCGUGUGAGAGUACUGUGUUAACACAGAUGGCACAACUUUAUAUGCGGGAGCUGUUGACAUUAGAGCCACUAAACAAACAUGUGUGUGCCACAUUUCAAAUACAAAUGUCUAUUUUAAAUCGUCAACUGUGCACGUCCGCCACAAAUUAUCAUUGCGAUUAUGGGGGUUAAAGAAUGUGGGAAGACCUCUUCAAAUAAAGUAAGAUAGUCAGUGUUUUUACUUGACUCAGACAGCUCGAAGACUGAAGGCCAUAUUUUAAACAAUAUUGAAAGCAUAUUUCCUAUGUAGAGUCUAUUCUGUGUCACACAUGUUUAAGAUGUCGUAUAUUUAGAGUCUAUUCUCAACCCUGUAACCAGGCUUUUAUUUGAGACGUCACUUCUCUACUGUCAGAGCACUGACUUAAAUGUCAUGGUUUGAUGGAAGUGUGAUCAGCAGUAGCGCUCACCCUCACGUUGAUGACUGUGUCGCCGUGAAGUGUCGGUGUGUUCCAGUGUUGCGACAUCUUUGUGCCUCCAGGUCUUUCCUCGACAUCUUCACGCACUGAGGCACAGUUGAACUAAACGUUUGAAACGUCAUAUUUAUCCUUCACUUCCUUCGUGGCUCCUCAUACCCAGCACCUUGUAUAAGAACCAGAGAACCAACUUGAGCACUGUGUUGUCUGCACUGCAAAUAAAAACGUAUUGUUAUAUGUCAACUGUCUGUCGUUGCCUUACCUUGCAUUGUCGUGCCAGAUAAGUGUUGAAGUCAAGAACACCAUACCGGAACCAAUGAGAGGGGCGAGGCCAAGACAAAGACCAAACUGAAUUUAGAAUGUUUGUUCCAUUUAUAGUAUUUCAAUUCUUGAUUUAUUUUGUAGAAGGACUACUAUUUCUUUUGUAGUAUGAAGUUUAGUGUAGUAUAUGUGGUCUUGAACCGUCAAAGUCCUGAUCUUGGACUUG